UGAAUACCGUCCGUAACACGCAAACAAUGGCGAUCAACAUGGCCGCCAUUUUAAUGUUACUCCGCGCGUGAUGCUCGGAAAGUGUUGAUGAUUCCGAGCGAGUCAACAACAAUCGUCGGAAUAAUCCCGUGCUCGAGGAAACGUGAGCCAUGGCGGAGUAUUUGGCAUCUAUCUUCGGUACCGAGAAGGACAAAGUAAAUUGUUCCUUCUACUUCAAAAUAGGAGCCUGUCGGCACGGCGAUCGGUGCUCACGUAUUCACAACAAACCUACGUUUAGUCAGACAUGUCUGCUUCAAAAUCUGUAUGUAAAUCCCCAGAAUUCUGCGAAAAGUGCGGACGGUUCCCAUCUUGUUGCAAACGUGUCGGACGAAGAGAUGCAAGAACAUUACGACAACUUCUUCGAGGACGUCUUUGUCGAGUGCGAGGACAAGUACGGCGAGAUCGAGGAGAUGAACGUGUGCGACAAUCUCGGUGAUCACCUGGUGGGCAAUGUUUAUAUCAAGUUCCGCAGAGAGGAGGACGCGGAGAGAGCGGUGAACGAUCUGAACAACCGUUGGUUCGGCGGCAGACCUGUAUAUGCCGAACUCUCGCCAGUGACGGAUUUCAGAGAGGCCUGUUGCCGUCAAUACGAAAUGGGGGAAUGCACGCGUUCUGGAUUCUGCAACUUUAUGCACCUGAAGCCCAUCUCGCGCGAGCUACGCCGCUACUUGUACAGUCGCAAGAAGAGCGGUAGGGGACGAUCCAGGUCGCGCUCGCGCUCGCGCGGCCGCGAUCGCAAGCGCCGAUCGCGAUCGCGCGACAGACGAUCGAGAUCGAAAGACCGCCGGAAAAGGGACGACAAGGGCAGGGACGGUCGAUCGGGAAGAUACUAAUUGUAGAAAAUUCUGUUUGUACGGAUAUAUUCAUUCCAAUCAAUCUCUGACAUAAUUGAACGGCCGAGACACGUACGAUGCUGCUCUCCUGACAAGAAAAAUUAUAUAUACACAUGUCUUAUAUAUAUUUAUACGUAUAAUCAAUAGAAUUAGAAUUCGUCAAUGCUAUGUCACGAGUUUUGUUAAUAAUUUAGCGACCCCGAGGUAAUCGAAGGACAUGCAGUUUUCGUGCAGUGAAAAAAAUGACAGACACAAAUAAAAUAUAAGCAUAGAAA